AUGCAGGGCCUAUAUCUUGAGGCUAAACAUCUGAGGGAUUUCCAGAAGUAUAACCCUCGCCCUUUUGAUGGAUCGUUGGGGGACCCCACCAAAGUAAAGAUGUGGUUGUCAUCUAUUGAGACAAUAUUCCAUUUUAUGAGAUGCCCGGAAGAGCACAACCUUCAAUGCGCAGUCUUCAUGUUGAUUGGUAACAUGAAAAUCUGGUGGCGUUCAGCAGAAAAGAUGAUUGAUAUUGGUGGUGAACUUGCAACCUGGGAGGAGUUUAAGGAGCGCUUUUAUGAGAAGUACUUUUCGGCCAACACCCGAUACAACAAACAGGCAGAAUUCUUGAACUUGAUGCAGGGACUUAUGUCGGUGGAGGAGUAUGAGCAGGAAUUUGAUAAGCUGUCUCUCUUUACUCCUAAACUAGUAGCCACCGAGGCAGCGAGGAUAGAGAGAUUUAUCCCGGGCCUAAGGAGCGGACUGCAAGGGAUGGUGCAUGCCUUGGACCUCAAGACGUAUGCUGCGACACUACGGGCUGCCGUGAGGAUUGAUGUUGAUUCCAAGGUGGGAGAGGAAUACAGGAGAUCGAUCGGGAUUAAGACCUCUAUAGGUCAGAAAAGGAUGGCUGAGCCCAGGGCUCCUGAGCAUCAAACAGAGGAACCAGAACAUAGUGAAUGCUCCACGUAG